AUGGUAUGUGUAGAGUGGUUGGAGGCGUUUCCUGAGACUAGGUUACGAGGUGGACCAAGGGGCUUGUCAGAUCACUGCCCUAUUAUUGUGGAAGGUAAUAAGGUAAGGGGAGGUCCUAGGCCUUUUCAAAGCCUUAAUUCGUGGUUUACACAAGAAGGUUUUCUUGAAAUGGUUAAGGAGGAAUGGAGAGGCUUAGGGGAGCUACAGCUCACAGAUAAAUUGAAGGCGUUAACGGGUCCAUUGGGAAGAUGGCAUAAGGACAACUUUGGUGAGAUGGAUAAGAGGAUCUUGAAGUUUGAGGAAGAGAUAAAAAAGGUUGAUGAUAUGGAGAGCUCUCCAUUGUUGGGGUUCAGAGAUGGUCUUGUGGAAAGAAUAGCUAAGGAAGAUUCUGUGAACUUGGAGGCAAUGCCAUCGGCGGAGGAAAUUAGAAAGGCAGUGUGGGAUUGUGAGUCAUCGAAGGCGCCAAGCAGUGAUGGGUACAACAUGAAUUUCAUCAAGAGGUGCUGGGAUGGGAUUAGGGCUGAAUUUACGGCAGCAGUGAUGGAGUUUUUUCAAACAUCCAGGUGGAGGGCGUGGGUCAUGGAGUGUGUAACUACAGCUUCCAUGUCGGUCUUGAUUAAUGGUUCGCCAUCUAAACCAUUUAAAAUGGUGAAGGGCUUGAGACAAGGUGACCCGCUUUCUCCCUUCUUGUUUGUGCUGGUUGUGGAUGUUCUACAUAGAAUGGUUGGGGAGGUAGUUAGGAACAGAUGUAUUUCUCCGUUGGUGGUUGGUCAAGACAGUGUGGAGCUAUCACACCUUCAGUUUGCUGAUGAUACUAUCCUGUUUUGCCUACUAGAAGAUGAGACUAUGAAGAAUUACAAGCGGCUGCUGCGUUGGUUUGAGUUGAUGUUAGGUCUCAGUAUCAAUUUCAAAAAGCCCAGUCUGAUUCCUAUCAAUUGUCAAGAGCAGUGGCUGGAGCAAAUGCCUCUCUAUGCUAAAUUUAUGAAAGAGUUGUUGACACACAAGAGGAAUUGGAAGGAGCAAGAAACCAUCCUUCUUGAAGAUGAUGCUAAACCAGUUGUGCAACCACAAAGGAGACUCAAUCUAACUAUGAAAGAGGUGGUCCAAAAAGAGGUAAUGAAAUUAUGGGAAGCAGGUAUUAUUUACCCUAUUUCUGACAGUCCUUGGGUAAGUCCUGUGCAGGUAGUUCCCAAGAAAGGAGGGAUGACGGUGAUCAAGAAUGAAAAGAAUGAGCUUAUUCCUACAAGAACAGUCACAGGAUGGAGAAUGUGCAUAGAUUACAGGAGGCUCAACACUACUACAAGGAAGGAUCAUUUCCCCCUCCCUUUCAUUGAUCAGAUGCUUGAGAGGUUAGCUGGUCAUUCUUUUUAUUGUUUUCUAGAUGGAUAUUCUGGAUAUAAUCAAAUUGCAGUGGACCCUCAAGAUCAAGAAAAGACAGCAUUCACAUGCCCCUUUGGAGUAUUUGCCUACAGGAGAAUGCCAUUUGGACUUUGCAAUGCUCCAGCAACUUUUCAGAGGUGUAUGCUUUCAAUUUUUUCUGAUAUGGUUGAAAAGUUUAUUGAAAUAUUUAUGGAUGACUUUUCUGUUUUUGGUAAUUCUUUUGAAUCAUGCCUUAAACAUUUAUCUCUUGUCUUGAAACGGUGUCAAGAAUCAAACCUUGUUUUAAAUUGGGAAAAAUGCCAUUUUAUGGUUACAGAAUGCAUUGUUCUUGGACACCGGAUUUCAAGUAUUAGAUAUGAGGUUGACAGAGCAAAGGUGGAGGUAAUUGAAAAAUUACCACCACCAACUAAUGUUAAGGCAAUUAGGAGUUUCUUGGGUCAUGCAGGAUUUUAUAGAAGAUUUAUAAAGGAUUUUUCUAAAAUUGCUAAACCAUUGAGCAACUUGUUGGUUGUUGAUGUAUCUUUUGUCUUUGAUUCUGAUUGUCUGCAUGCUUUUGAAACUCUGAAAGCAAACCUUACUUCUGCUCCCAUUAUAGCUCCCCCUGACUGGGAUUUACCAUUUGAAUUAAUGUGUGAUGCUAGUGAUUUUGCUAUAGGAGCCGUUUUAGGACAGAGGCAUGGUAAGCUUGUACAUGUCAUUUAUUAUGCCAGUCGUGUGUUAAAUGAUGCUCAAAAGAAUUAUACAACUACAGAAAAGGAAUUAUUAGCUGUUGUGUAUGCUGUUGAUAAAUUUAGGUCCUAUUUACUUGGUUCUAAGGUUAUUGUUUAUACUGACCAUGCUGCUUUGAAGUAUCUUCUAACCAAACAGGAUUCUAAACCAAGAUUAAUCAGAUGGGUGUUGCUCCUUCAAGAGUUUGAUAUUGAGAUAAAAGACAGGAAAGGGUCAGAAAAUCAAGUAGCUGAUCAUCUCUCCAGAAUUGAGCCUGAAGCAGGAGUACAACCACCCACAGUUGUGACUGAAACGUUUCCAGAUGAGCAAUUGUUUCUCAUUCAGCAGGCACCAUGGUUUGCAGACAUUGCAAAUUAUAAAGCCAUGAAUUUUAUCCCAAGGGAGUACAGUAGGCAACAAGUGAAGAAGCUAUUGACUGAUGCAAAGUACUACAUUUGGGAAGAACCAUACCUUUUUAAAAGGUGCUCAGAUGGAAUUAUCCGGAGGUGUGUCCCAGAUGAAGAAAAAAGUGGACAGGUUGAAGUUUCCAACAGGGAGCUUAAGAGGAUUCUGGAGAAGACCGUCAGUGUUUCAAGAAAGGACUGGUCUAGGAAGCUUGAUGAUGUUCUCUGGGCAUACCGGACAGCAUACAAGACUCCAAUUGGCAUGUCCCCAUAUCAGUUAGUCUAUGGCAAAGCCUGUCACUUGCCAGUGGAGCUGGAGCACAAGGCUUAUUGGGCAAUCAGGUACCUGAAUCUUGAUUCAGAAGCUGCAGGAAUUAAGCGGAUGCUUCAGUUGAAUGAGCUUGAUGAAUUCAGAUAUUCAGCCUAUGAGAAUGCCAAGCUCUAUAAGGAAAGAACCAAGCUACUGCAUGAUAAGAAGAUUGCCAUCAGAGUCUUUGAGCCAGGACAAAGAGUGCUUCUGUAUAAUUCAAGGCUCAAAUUCUUUCCCGGGAAGCUGAAAUCCCGGUGGUCAGGACCGUUUGUGUGGAAUGGGUGGUUAUCGGUGCUUGGCCGACGCUGGUCUCUUCCGAAUUUGAUGAAGGACCAUUUCUUAAGUUGGACAGAUGAGCCGCGUAGAAAAGAGGAUCGAAAGCAACGCUUGAGGUGCUUCUGUGCGAUCAUCUCGCACAUUUGGAUGGAGAGGAAUAGGAGGAUAUUUCGGAAUAAAAGCAAAGGAGUUGACGAAGUCUUCCACAUGACCAUGCUUAGCUGCGACGAGUGGAGAGGGGUCCAGUCCUCGUAUUGUUGA